UCAUGCAUGGUGACCAGUAGGUGUCGUCUCCGUUAAGCUGAUGGAAACCAACGCCGGCUACCUAUAAAUACCGGCGCCCCAGCCCUUCUUUUGCCUCAAACCAAAAGCUCCGAUCCAUCCUUACGUGCUUAACUGCCUAGUACAGGCUACAGCUCAGUAGCUCACUCGUGCAAAUGGCGCACAAGCUCCCGUCCACUCUCAUCGCCGCCUUCGCCGUCCUCCUGGCCCUCGCGGCGCCGCUGGUCGUCGUCGCCGGGGACCCCGACAUGCUCCAGGACAUCUGCGUCGCCGACUACCAUUCCCUCAAGGGCCCACUGAGGCUGAACGGGUUCCCGUGCAAGAGGGCGGAGAACGUGACGGCGCACGACUUCUCCUCCGGCCUGCUGGCGAAGCCCGGCAACACCACCGACAACGCGGCGGGGUCGGCGGUGACGGCGGCGAACGUGGAGAUGGUCCCGGGGCUCAACACCCUGGGCGUGUCCAUGGCGCGCAUCGACUUCGCGCCGUGGGGCGUCAACCCGCCGCACACCCACCCGCGCGCCACCGAGAUCAUCUUCGUGCUCCGCGGCUCCCUCCACGUCGGCUUCAUCACCACCGCCAACGUCCUCUUCGCACGCACCCUCCGCAGGGGCGAGGUCUUCGUCUUCCCCCGUGGCCUCGUCCACUUCCAGAGGAACAACGGACGCACCCCCGCCGCCGUCGUCUCGGCCUUCAACAGCCAGCUGCCGGGCACGCAGGCCCUCGCCGCGACGCUCUUCGGCGCCUCGCCGCCGGUGCCGGACGAUGUGCUGGCAAGGGCGUUCCAGAUCGACGCCGGCCUCGUCGAGGCCAUCAAGGCCAGGUUCCCACCCAUGUAGACACGCGCAUGCAGCCAUGCAUGCAUGCAGAUGGUGAUUUCGAGUUCCGAUCGAUACAUUGUGUGCUAGCUGUAAUAAAGUGUGAUGGGUCAAAUAAUUGGUUGGGUCGUUUGGUGUGGUUAUGCAUGGUCUGAUCUCGACACUUCACUGUUGUUGCUUUUCAAUUUCGGCGUGAACCAUUUGUGUGAAGGUGUGGUAUGUGUAUCUGUGAACUCAAGGAAAUGAAUGCUCUGAUUGCCUCUA